CCUUCAUCCUGUGAACAACUGUAUAUUCAUUGUCGUUAAUAUUCUCUAAAUCACGUGACAAAUAACAUCGCAAUAUAAAUUUAAAAUUUAUUUAAUCGUGUUUAUUUAUCUAUUUUAAUAAAUAACAAGUUUCACUGAUAGUAACUGUCGAUUUAAAUAGAAAUUGUAAAUUUAUUAUUUAACAUAUUUAAUGGUUUAGUUUAAAUCAGUAUGUAUAAACAUGAGUGGAUUUUAUAAAUACAGUGUUACGUGAGCGCGCAUUUUUUUAUUUGUAUUAAAGUAAGUGAUAAGAACCGUGUAAUUAUAUGUUGUGGAUGUUGAACAUUUUUAUAGCUUGAGUAUACAUAUUUUUUUUUAAUUUUUAGAAAACGUUUUUUGUUUAUUUGGUUUUAAAUUUGAAAAAAAAAAAAUACAAACGUGGAUUGACAAGAGAAUAUAUGGAUUGUUAAUUGUUGGACCAAGCUGAUUGAAAAAUUAAAAAUCAUGUCACGCACUGUACAAAGCAUGAUACAAGAAUUUGUGCUAUGAAAAGGUGACAUUUAAGAUUCGAGAAAGGCCGGUUAUUUGUAUAAAAGAAAAAUUGAUUUGAAUAUGGCUAAAGGCUCGGAAAGAUUACCUGGUAGUUCAACCAGAAUUAGGACUCGAGAUGAUGGUUGCUGCUCCGUUAAUUUCCUCAAAUAUGUUCUUCAUAUAUAUAACGUUGUUCUAUUUCUUUCUGGCCUCGUAGUUGGAGGAAUAGGAAUAUGGACAGUAAUUGCAAAGCACAGCUACAUAUCGUUAAUGGCAACAUCAACGUAUCCAAUCCUUGCAUAUGCUCUCAUUGUCGCCGGAACUCUUGCAGUAAUUGGCAGUUGGCUUGGUUGCGGUGGAGUUUCAUCUGAAAAUCGAUGCGUCUUAUUGAUAUAUAUUUUCGUGGUGAUGGCUGUCUUAGGAUUAGAAGCAGGGGUUGGAGUAUUGGCUCGAUUGCACGAAGAACAAGUUGGCCCGGAGCUAAAGGAUACUCUGAACCGCACUUUCCUAGAAUAUUACUCUGUGAGUUCCCGGGAAACCACAGCAAUUGACAAAAUGCAGAUUGAAUUUAGAUGCUGUGGAGCUAGGAGAUUUGAAGAUUGGUUAGCGAGUGAGUGGUACAAAGAUGAACAAGUACAACGUGAUGGAAGUUUAGUACCUGACAGUUGUUGCAAAACACCUACAUUACUUUGUGGAAGACGAGAUCAUCCAUCUAAUAUUCAGUACACGGGAUGUAUAUACAAAUUUCUGGAGACGACAAAAGAACACCUGAUUAUUUUAGGAGCCGUCGGUCUCGGUCUAUCCGUUCUUGAAGUCUUUGGUAUCAUUCUUGGUUCCUGCCUUUAUAUAAAGCUACGCCACGAUUUUGAUGACUGAGAAUUACUUUACUACGAAGAUAACAAUAAUAGUCAAACAUGGUGCAGAUAUGCACAACACCAUGUUUGACAGGAACCACCAGCGUAACGAAAAGAUAUCAAUCAAACAGAAGACGGAGAAGCAUAGACAUUUCCGGUUUCUCAACAAUAAUUUCAAAUGAUAUUUUAUUCGUUACGUUGAACGACAUAAAUACAUCUGGAUAGUGUAUCAACUAAUGACAAGUGUUUCAAUGUGAUUUUAUUUUUAAAAAAAUAUGUUAAUAUGGUGUUGAUAAAAUCUACGAUCAAUAUUUAAUAAACGAAUAAUAAUUGGUUGAAUGAUAAAUAAAUAUAUUGUCAAAGUGCUAUCACUGGUUAAUGUACACGAAAAUAUUAUUCUUGUUUGAAAUGAUAUGGUGUCAUAACAACAAUGAACUAUCUAAGCCAUCUAACGGACACUGAAAUAAACAUGUUUCAAAAAGUACUAUGGCCACAGUAAAAUUUACAAUGGUCACAGUAAUUUAUCAUAUAUAAUCAUUGUAAAUUUUACGACCGCCAUAAUUAUUUUUAAAGCAUGUUUGUUAUAAUAUCUGGAUGAAUAUACUCAUCUAUAUAAUAACUGCUGUUAAUUGUGAGAAAUUGAUGAGUUAUUUGAGUAUAAAAUUUAAUGAAAAGAAAUGUUCAAUUUAUAAAAGAAUCUCUAAUAGAUUGUCCAUGUCAAGCAUUCGUGAAUUUUCAUAACGAAAAAUUUCGAAAGCUUUUAACUUUCGAUACCCGCAUGAUGAUUGUAUAAAAAUCCACAAAAUUGUGUUCUGUUUAUAAUAAUUAUUAUAAAACAAACGAAAAACGUUAAUACUGGAAUUAAAUAAUAUAAUUAAAAUGUAAAUUAGUAAUAAAAAAAAAAAAAAAUUGUAAAAUAGCUUUGUUAGAAAAAAAAAUAUAUAAAAAAAUUAUUAACGUAUUUAUCUUACACAGAACAUUUAAACAGAUUAAUAUAAUGUAAAUUGAGAUUAAUAACAUAUUAAAAUUAAUAAAAAAUUUCAUUAAUCAUUACACUAAAUGAUUAUCAAUAUAUAAUUUAAAAAAAUUUUUUUAAUUGAUAAAUAUUUUUUUAAAAAUUGACAUAUUUUAAAAUUGGCGGUAAUCCUGCGGUAUUUUACAGUAAAAGUGCAGUAUUUCCGGUAAUAAGCAGUAUUUUACCGCAAUUUUACUGUAGCGCUGCGAUACUUUACCGUAAACGUGCAGAUUUAAUGUAAAAUUUCGGCAUUUUACCUUUAAGUGAAGUAUUUCACUGUGUUAUGGUUAAAAUGCCACAAAUUGCCGUAUUCUGCCGCAAAUUACCGUAAAACCCAGAAAAAUUUCAGUCUAAUACGGCAUUUUGUGGUGAAGGUUAACUGUAAAACAUAAUUUAAAGCAUGAUGUUGCUAAAAAAUAGAGUUUAUGCUAUGAAUAUUUAAAAUUUCAAUCAAAUGCAAUCGUUCAAUAAGUUAGCAAAAACAAUUUUGUGGGCUAAACCGAACAUUCUAAUCUACAUGUUUAGAAACUAAUAGCUGAACAAUGAAAAAUAAUUGAGGUGCAUUAAACGGUUAUAAAAGUAAAAAUGGAUAAGUGAAUUUUUAGUUGAUAAUUGAUUUGUUUCAACAACUGAAAAAAUAUUUUUCCAAUAACUAUAAAUGUUAACCAUUUAUUCUUUAGCAUAGUAUGUAUUAUAAAAUCGCAAUUACACUAAUUUAUUACAUAAUAAUACUCGAUAUAUUUAAUAUAAAGAAGCUUCAUAUAUACCAAACGUAAUCAAUAACAGAUAAAUAAAUUCAAAUCUGUUAAUUGAUAUUUAUGAAUUGAAUAAUUAAAUUUAAAGGACCAUGUAAUAAAAAAGUGUAUGGAUUCUCGAAAUAUAAAUUCAAAAAUUUAUAGUUUAUCAUAACUAUGAAUAAGAAAAAAAUUGAUAUUGUAUAUAUUUAGCCCGACCAUCAGUGCCUUGAUGAUGAAAAAAAAAGAAAAUAAAUUAAUAAAAUAAUAAAUUGUAAUUUUGAAUUUAAUGCGAUUAAUUAUUUAUUGUAUUAUUUUUAUUGGUUGAUUGUAUCGAUACAAAUUUUGCGUAAAAAAAAUUAUGCUUUUUAAAAAUUUAGAUAGAAAUAUAAACUGCACAGUUAAUAAUAUAUCGACUAUUUUAUAAAAAGUAGAUAUAGUAUACUAGUUAUAAAUUCGCCUCAACAGAAAACAGUAUUUUUUUUAAUAAUAUUUUGUAGUACGUUUUUUUACAGCUUUAAUGAGGCUUUUAUUUAUAAAUUUCACUGCAUUUAUAUAAAUUUUUUAUUAAUAUAAAUAAUUAUGAAAUUAUAUCUUUUACAAAAACAAAAAAAAUGUUUGUCAUUAUUUUAAAAUUUUUUAAUGUCAAAUAUUUGUUAUGAUGACUAUUGUUUUAUAUUUAUUGUAAUAAUUAUAUUUACGUGAGAAUAUAUACGAAUAAUAAUUUAUAUGUAAUGUUAUUAUAAAUUAUAUGCAUAUUUAAAAUAUUGUACAUAUCAAGCGAUAUUCUAUUAUAUAUAAAUAAAGAGCACUUUAAAAGUGCAUAACUCUGAUUUUUUCAAGUUGUCUUCAUUUUGCUGAAUUCUUUUUCAUUGUCCCAAAGUUCUACGAUCAACUGUUAACUGAUCAAAUUGUGAAUAGGGACGUUAUAUU